AUGCUUCAUUGGAAUAUCCAAAGGCUAUUGAGCGCAUCGCUCCUGGUGCUGAGCGCCUUAACAUUGGGUAGCUCACAAGGAAAUCAACCAACAGUCACGUACACUGCAUCACGCGGCGGAAGUGUGAAGUGCCUCAGCGAGGUCAACGCUGCACGCGAGGCAGCUGGGUUGCCCAGCUUCGGAGAGGCCUCAGGGGACGAACAAUUGAGUGACCCAGGCGAUUCAGAGCUAGACGAAGGCACCGAAUGGAGAAAACUCUGUGAAUAUUUGAUUCCAACGCAAACAGAACCUGCAGAGGCGGCAAGAGUAGCGAAACCAUUUGAGCAAGGAACAUAUGCGUUCAAGUCCCUAACCGCCGAGGAGACUAACUGCAAGGAGACAGUUGAUUACUGGAAGUCAGCCUUCAAAAAUUUCUCCGGACUGCCGCCAUCAAAGAGUCAAGCUGGAGAGCUCUACAACAGCCAAGACAACGUUUCUUUUGUAGCAUUGUACAACCCGUCAUCCGAUGCCACUGCAGACUGCCAAGUUAUUACUUGCACUAAAACCACUACCACUGGAGGGUCGGAGCAACGAAGUGAUCCACAGAGGAGCAAUGAAUAUGGCUACGCGCUGAUUUGCAAGACGAUGCCUACGGCUUUUACAAGCAAUGAUUCUGUUCCAUUUACGCAGGACCAGUGGGACAGGAUCAUAUCUUCGCUCACGGGGUCAGCUUCAGUCGCCAUCCCAGGUUUUGGUGUAUUUUUAAUCACAGUGUUUAGUCUGAUGGCGCUUUGA